AUGGCCGCGCUCGUAGGAUGUGCACUCUUCUUAGUUGCCCGCCUAUGGGUCCCUGAGCCACUCACUGUCGGUGUCGCGAUUAUUGCAAUGGACUCUAGCAUCAUUGUCCCGUAUUUGGCGCCCACGUACGAGACUGCAGCAGCUUGGUUUGAAGACCAGACUGCUGGUCUAUCGAGCAAGGGAGGCACAACGUCCCUCUUUACCACCAAGCCCGCUGCUUCAAGGAUCGAUGAGGUUGCUGGAGCUGAGCCCACUGACACCAAAGAAUACGACCGCACAGUGUUCUUUCAAAAUGGCGACACUGUCGUUUAUCACGCGCCCCUCACUAUAUUGGGCACCCGCUUCACCUUUGAACCUCAUACCAUUUCGCGAGAGGCUGCACACGGAGAGCUUCUAAAUUCUGAUAUGCUGCCAACACCUUUCCCUAAUGGUGUUUAUCCAAGUCUUGCAACGGCGACAACCCUUGAGAUGGAGGACGAGCUCGUGUCCAUACCACCACCAGUACGGACUGAAACCCCGCAACAAGGAACCACUCAAGCCUUGAGAUACAUUUCAACUGCCUUUACGGAUCUCAUACAAUCUAAGCUCCAAGAGUGGGCACUUCGGAUAUACGAAAAGUGUAAAGCCAUUGGUGGAGAAAUUGCCAACAUCCCUUAUGCUGCCCUUACCACUGGCCUAUUGGCUGUUCUGGCUGCUGGCUUCCUCUUGAUACGAAAAUAUAGCCAUCAAGCAUCAGCAACCAUUGGGCGAUGGAUGGGCCAGGGACUCAGAGCUUCAGGUCUGAUUCUUGUCCAGCUCGAGAGCUGGAUCAUGAGCACAUCAAUCACACCUCUGUACUAUACUUGGAACGGUGUGGUGGCAUCCCCUACCCUUAUGUUGAAGAACAUCAGGACAGUACUUAUACGCGAACGUCGGUACUCGGUAGGAUUUGCCGCUCUCAUCCUUUGUCCGCUUGUACUUGUGACCUUCUUCAUUCAACGCCAUGUUCAAGGUCUCAUAGCGAAGAUUCGACGACUUGAUGAUUCUAUUCAAACUAUAAGAGUAGGACUGGGAGCACCACUCGACUGGCUUUUGCGAUCCUAUCCAAUCUUCGGGUCCUUAGUCAUGACGGGCCUGUCCUUGUCGAUUGGCCUGUUUAUCGUACAGCCUAUUCUGAAUAGCCUAUGGGAUUUCAUCGCCCUAUACGUAGCGGGCCUUCCAUUUGGCGAAGAUGUCUUGUUCCGAAAUGUCCCAGUUUUGGGGCAUGUGUACAAGAUGCAAGUCCAGCACGACAUGCACUCGACGCAUAUCCUCAAAGAAUUCUUGUCCGUUCUCACCUCCAAUAUUUGGGAGCAAUUUGUAAAAUCCGGUCAAAUGCUCUUCUACGGCCCGUACGCCAUCUUUGAAAUUCUCCGUGCCUCGGUUCGUGCGACUCUCAUUGAGGUAUUUCACUUCGCCAGCUCCAUGGUCGAGAGCGGUUCCAGGACAUUACGCACACUGUGCGAGAUACUAAUAAAUAACUCAAUGUCAAGUUUGCGCUUGCUCCAAUCACUAUCUAGUUCUCUUAUCGAGAUGGCUAGUGGUGUGGCGCGAUUCGUCUUCCUCGUCGUCGGGUCCAUAUUUCAUUCGCCUGUUACCAUGUUGCUCAAAGAGUUUCAUGUUUUCACUUGCAAGAAAUUAAUUUUGUGCGGCACUCAAAAAUGCUCCAUCGGCUGGGAAUACUUGAUCCUUGUCCCGUGGCUUACGAUAUGGACAUCUUUGCUUCUGAUCCUCCCAUACAUUGCACUGAAGUUAUCGCCCAACCUCUGGCCCAUAAUCGUCGCUUCCGGAUUGCUUUUUGCCUUUACGGUGCAUCAACGAGAAUGUGCGCAGGAAAACAUGAUCGUCUGUGGAACGCUCCUGUUUUGGUUUCUAGCAUGGUGUUUUUCAAGACAAAUCACUCAGGCAUCUGCCUUCAUUGAUCGACGCUACAACGGAGAACUGGGAAGGCGUCUGGCUAAGGUUCAAUACGACAUAUCGCAAUGGUGGCUUCGUGUAACCACGCCGGACACACCCUUGUCAAUCACCCACCUGGCCAAUAUCGAACUGCCCACAAGUCUGCGCAAUCAAGAAGAGUUGGCCACAGUCGUUGAAAAGGAAGAAGCUGCUGCGGAAACAGAAAUUUUGCGAAAAGAGGCAAAACAACCUGAGACUACAAUCGAUAGGUCUAUAGUCAACCAAGUCGAUGCGGAUGUCCGAGAGCCCGAUGGAAUUGUAGAGGUUGACGAUUUUGAAGACUACAUGCCUACGCGCAGAUCGAUCUCGGUUCGCCAAUCCUCGGAACCCACAUUUGGCGAUCCCUUGGACUACGUCCCUUUUGAACUUUUGGUCGAAUCUACCUUGCCCAAUAACUCUACACCUUUGGGUGAUGCUGCUCAGGGCAGUCUCGAGCAUCACGAGAUCACUCCCAUUCCUGAGUCCGCACUGGAGACUCCCAUUGGGGUUGGCCUGGAUGACGAGGUAAAGACGCCAGCAGAAGGACCUAGAGUUACGAUCAGUCGACCUCCAAACCCUGAGUCUUUCUCGAUCAAUUUUGGGCAAGAGCGCCAGAGUGGCAGUUUGCUCGCAACACAGGCUCAGGAUUUCCCCCCGUCGGCUGUACCGUCCCCUGUGACAGGCUCGCCCAUCCUACUAAAGGUCCCCGAAAGCUCUACCGAAGGGCCAGCUGAGACCAAGAAGCAGUACACACCCGUGGUUCAGAUCGCGGAGGAAGAUAGCAAGCCCCUGGAGCCAUUAGCUUCUGUACCACAGGCAAACAUUACAUUUGACUCUGUACUUGCCGAUCAACCUAACGACGAAGCAGCAAGCCUUUCGUCACUGCCUCAGCCCAAUAUCUCACUGCCUGAUGUCAACAGAAUGGAGAUAGCUGAAGCUGCUCCCGCCCCAGCCAUGGCAGUAGUCAAUAAUGAAGAUGAGCAAGCUUGCAAACCAUCAGACGUAUCUUGGCCCAUUUCACUGCAGACUUCACAGGAUGCGCCGUAUGGCCUACCUGAUCGCGACCAAAAUGUGGAAAAUGAAGAGAGAAAAGAAGAGAGUGCAAGCGAAGCAGUGGAUGUCGUGCUGGAAAAUACCGACGCGCCACUAGAUACCGGCCUAGAUCCAAAUUACUGUACAGAUGCAGAUGUCUUGAGCACAGAUGCCAUGGAUGAAAGCCGUCUAAACGAAGAGAGCGAAGGGGACACCGAAAUUCUUGAUGCACCCGUAGAACCAUCUCUACAAGAUGUGCAAGUUCACGAAGCAUCACAGGAGCCAUCUACGCAAAUUUCUGGAGAUUCACAAGGUGAAUCUCAAGAUGUGCUGCAACAGCAUCCUAUUACCCCCCAGUCAACCAACAAUUGGCCAGCCUCGAUGGAAACAGCACCACCCCAAUUCUCCUUUCAAUUCGAACCUUCCCCCUUUCAGUUCAACCCUUCACGUUUUCAAUUCAACCCUACCCAAACUUUCAAUGAGGCUACUCCAACCCCAACAUUUUCAACAAAUUGGUCAGCACAAUCCUUCACCUUUACACCAGAAACGUUCAUGCAAUAUGCGGACCCUCAGAACUUGUCCCAUGGGCCGAAUGACACAGAGUUAAAUCCAAUGUUGUCUUCUAACAACAAUUUUACAUCAACAGCACAACCGAUUGUUGCUCCAAGUCAGAUGUCGAGUUACGUCUUGCCUUCUUUUGACGCGCCUAUACCAACUUCACAGUCGUCUGCUACUCCACCUCGGCCGAGCCAACUCAAUUUCCAAUCACCAGAGAUUCCUGUCCUCUCCCAGGAUACAAUAGUCCGGACAAGUCCGAUGCAGACCGACAACACAUGCAAUCCACCCCAUGAUAGCCAAGACGGGGAGUCGGACAUUGACAUGAGCGACGUUCAAGUCUCGAAAGUACCAUCUGAACAAGCGAUGCCAGCUGGAUAUCCUGUCACUCUGAGCCCCAAGCCUCAGACUGUGUAUCGGCCCAUUACGGAGAUGGUCGAGUUGUACCGCCCGCAUUUAGGCACCAGCAAAUUCAUCAAUAACACCGCAUUGGCACAGAAUAAAAAGCUGCUCGAACAAAACCCAAACUGUAUGCCCAGUCUGCCAACUGACUCGGCCUACCGCGAGGUCGACAGCAAGGUCCUAAAAGCGCACGGGCCAAAUUCGCACCAAUUCGCGAAUACUCAAAUCAUGCAAAAGUGGUAUCAUCCACUGAAUCCGGAUAAUAUUGUUGAAUCAGAAGAGGAUAGCGAUGAAGAGAUGGCUCAGGAUCCUACACCCGUCAAAACUGAGUGGGAUUCGCAGAGCUCCCGUGCAGAACAAGGUGGCAUAGCUCAUGAUGAAUUGCGACUGCAGACUAGUCACACUGCGGAAUAUCCAGCCAAAUUCAGACCGGACGUACAUACUGAGUACGACUCAAGUGACGAAUCAACAGCAAGUGCCGAAACAAACUCACAUGAGCAAGAGGAGAAUCGAGUAGCUAGUCUGAAAGCUAACGAUGAAUCGAGAGAGGAGGAAUACCAGAGAAAGCUCGAACGAGAGGCGGAAUCGAUGAGAAAGGCGCAAGAGCUGAUGGACGAACUCGAUCGAAAAGCACGAGAACUGGAAGAGGAAGCGAAAGCAUCCUAUGCUCGCAUGGCAGAGGACAGCAGUAAUGACGUGCAAAAUGCCAACCAGGGGCAACACAAGUUCGUUCCGGAUAUCACAGAUGCCCUCUCCGCAGACUCAUCUACCCGACGUCGACGAUCGAUGGAAGAAGCGCACGAGUGGCACCAGGCCGAUCUCACCGAAGAACAGGCCAGGUACAUGGAGGAAUGGGGCAUCAAGACCAAGGCAGAGCUGGACGAGAUCACGGGAGAAGCAAAAGUCGACGACGAAUAUGUUGACGACCAACCGCGCUCUCUCAAGCCAAGGCUCAAGGCUAUUCCCCGCUCCAAAGCACAGCCACGUUCCAGCAAGCAAAUGCAAUCCUCCAUGGGCCUUGCGAGAAGCGAACCUCAGACUACCGCUGUCAGCAGUAGAGAGCGCUCACCCUCGCCAGCCAUGGAAGCUCCCUCUGGCUCCUCACCAUCGCCACCCAUGCAACCUCCAUCUGGCUCCCCGACUCCUCCACCAGAAGUCCAGUCGUCUAGCGCACCUGUGUAUCGAGACUACUUCGUGUACAACAACACUGGUUCCUGCGACAGCGAAGGAACGUACUACGACCAUGAAGGCGAGCCCCAUGACGCCUUCUACAACACCAACACGUACGAUCUCGAGACGACGGUCCAUGGACAGGUGAUUACGCUGAUGCAGGAUCCGAACGCAACAGGUCCUACGGAGGUUUUUGCUUGGCGUAGGAUCGAUGAUAAGCUUGUGCGUUGGACUGGGAUGUAA